GGCUGCGGCUGGACGGCGACACUUGCCGCUGUGCACGCGCGGGUCACUCACGGUUGAUGCGUCACGCGCGCACAUGGAAAAAAAGUGAGCAGAACACACACACACACACACACUGACACACACACACUGACACACACACACGCAGCAGCUGUGAUGUCUCAGGAGGACCGGAAGUGGCAGAGCGAGCUGGAGCAGAAGAAGCGUCAGCUGGACGAUGACAGACGAGCGCUGCAGCACGCCAAGUCAAAGGCCCUGAGGGAGCGCUGGCUGCUGGACGGAGCGCCGUCUGCUGGAGACGACCAGAAGCAGCAGCACGAAGAACACGCCAGGGACCUGGAGGACACUGUCAGCAGGUUGGAAAAAGAGUUGAUGAAUCUGGAGAGCACAGGAUCGUGCACGAGCGUGACUCACACCUCAGUGAGAUCAGGAUCCAUUCAAGAGGUCAGAGUUCACCAGGCGGGAGGAGAUGAUGACAUCAUGAAGCGAGCCAUGUACUCGGUGGAGAUCAAGGUGGAGCGGGACAAGGCCACGGGGGAGACGCGCGUCUUGUCCUCGCACACCAAGCUUCCCGUGGACUGCUCUCAGGGAGGGGUCAAAGUUUACGAGGACGAGCAGAAAGUGGUCCACGAGGUCAACGGCGAGAACGACGUCCACCUGCUCAGCGCCGCCGAGGUGGAGGAGCUCAUCCUCAAAGCCGACGAGGCGCUGACGCCGCCACAUGAGGAGGAGGAGGAGGAAGACGAGGCGGCGGCGGCGGCAGAGAUCACCGAGUUAGAAGCCACGCCCCCGGAGCAGAGCGGCGGGGAGGAGCCCGUCACCUUGACCUUCAUGGGCUACCAGGAUGUGGAGGACCAGGACCACACCGAGAAGGUCCUCGGCCUGCAGGGGACCGUCAAGGCGGAGCUCGUCCGCAUCGAGGACGGGAAGACUUCGCCGCCAGGAGGAGCGACGGACGCCCCCCCGCCGGCGGACAAGCAGGAAGUGGCGGCCGACUCAGCAGCAAGAGGCGGCGUGAAGCCCAAGAAGGAGAAAAUGGUGUGUAAGUGCUGCAGCAUCAUGUGAACCUGCAGGGGGCGCCACUACUUCAUAUUUCCCCCAGACUGCAUAACAUCACUUCCUGUUUGCUUUGCGCACUUCUCAUCUCUGCUUUUGUCAGCUGACCAGCAUUAGCUGAGGGGUGUCCAAACUUUUUCCAGCAUUUUUGAUAUUUUGAUAUUUUUCAUUUUUUCCAAACCGAUACAAUAUCUCGUCAUCCUUUAGGAUUCUCUUAAUUUUGGUGAAGGCUAAAAGUCCCAGGGACCCAAAAAGCGUUAAAAAUAGGUCAUAUAUUUUCAAAUUCAGAUCUAGCCGUUGAAAUUAAGUUUAAUUUUUUUUUUUUAUGUUUUUGCCCUUUUUUGUCAAUACCUCCUUUUUUAAUAGGAGAAACACAAAAUAUGCAAUAUUUCCCCCCCCCCAAAAAAAAAUAUUCAAAGUGAAAUAUUUGAUGUGAAGUAAUUUGAGCCUCAAUAAUUCAUAACAAUAUUGAUUUUGGUUAGUUGUUUUUUUGGGCAAUGACAGUUUCCAAAAAAAAUCACCCGUAAGGGAAAAAGCGGUAUGAAAUGGAUGGAUGGACACUAAAGGUCCCAGGGACCCAAAAAGGUCUCAGUCAUUAAAGUGUUAAAAACAGGUGAUAUAUUUUCAAAUUCAGAUCUGUCCUUUAAAAUUAAGUUUUUUUUGUUUAAUGUUUUUUGCCUUUUUUGUCAAUACCUACUUUUUUAAUAGGAAAAACACAAAAUAUGCAAUAUUUUCCACCCCCAAAAAAUAUUCAAAGUGAAAUAUUUGAUGUGAAGUAAUGGGAGCCUCUCAGACAGGGGUCCCCAAACUUUUGGACCCGGGGGCCGCAUUAGGUUAAAAAAAAUUGGCCAGGUGCUACGACCCGCCGGCGUCUAAAAUCCGGCCCGAGUAAAAAAUAUUUUUUUUAUUGUAUUUUUUUUUUUUAAUCUGUCCUGCCCAUCCAUCAAUCCAUUUUCUACCGCUUGUUACUCUCGAAGUCUCCUUACCGCUCAGGCAAAUCAUAUUGUCUAAAAAUGCAUUUUCCCAUCGAUAACAUGACAUCAUCACGCU